AUGUCGAGCUGGCCGAGUCUGCAAAAUUCAUUCGCCAUGGCGAACCAGACGAGAGGUCUGCCACAGAUGCGAAUAAAGCUUUGUAUGGUCAGCGCCGGUCUUCAAAUAGUCCUUUUGCUCACCGUCCUACCUCAAGAAAGCCUGUGCGGACGUCACGAGAAACGUUUGUUGAACGAGCUGUUGUCGUCAUACAACACGCUGGAGCGGCCCGUCGCCAAUGAGAGCGAGCCUCUCGAAGUGAAAUUUGGCAUCACGCUGCAGCAGAUCAUAGAUGUGGAUGAGAAGAAUCAAAUAUUAACUACGAACGCGUGGCUCAAGUUGGAAUGGGUGGACUACAACCUCCAAUGGAACGAGUCCGAGUACGGAGGUGUAAAGGACCUUCGAAUUACACCAAACAAGCUCUGGAAGCCAGACAUUCUCAUGUACAACAGUGCGGAUGAGGGUUUCGACGGGACAUACCAAACAAACGUGGUAGUCACGCAUAACGGCAGUUGCCUGUACGUUCCUCCGGGCAUCUUCAAGAGCACUUGCAAGAUAGACAUCACUUGGUUCCCCUUUGACGACCAACACUGUGACAUGAAGUUCGGAUCCUGGACCUACGACGGCAACCAGGUCGACCUCGUGCUCAGUUCGGAGACGGGCGGUGACCUGUCCGACUUUAUCACGAAUGGAGAAUGGUACCUGAUCGGAAUGCCGGGCAAGAAGAACACGAUAACGUACCAAUGCUGUCCGGAGCCUUACGUCGACGUCACAUUCACCAUACAGAUCCGUAGAAGGACCCUAUACUAUUUUUUCAACCUGAUCGUGCCGUGCGUGCUGAUAUCGAGCAUGGCCCUCCUGGGGUUCACCCUUCCGCCAGAUUCCGGGGAGAAGCUCACCUUAGGAGUGACCAUUCUACUGUCGCUGACAGUAUUCCUGAACCUCGUUGCAGAAAGCAUGCCGACCACCUCGGACGCUGUCCCUCUAAUAGGGUCGUACUUCAAUUGCAUCAUGUUCAUGGUGGCGAGCAGCGUCGUUCUGACAGUGUUGGUGCUGAACUUUCAUCACAGAACGCCCGACAGAUACGUGAUGCCAUCGUGGAUUAAAAUGCUGUUUUUACAAUGGUUGCCGUGCUUGCUGCGCAUGAGUCGUCCAGGAAAGAAGAUCACGAAGAAGACCAUUCUUGGAGGCAACAGAAGGGCAAAGGGCAUGGAAUUGCAGGAGAAGAGUAGCAAGAGUUUGCUAGCAAAUGUAUUAGAUAUCGACGACGACAUUCGUCACAAGAAUAGUGCGGCAAAUCCUCCUUCCGGUUACAUAAGGUCGGCGUUCGGUACACCGAUAUCUACCGGAAGACCAGCAACGGUCGAAGAUACGUCCGCAUCGUUACCUCUUAGCGGGAUGCAGGAGGAAUUGCACACGAUUCUUAAGGAAUUACGAUUCAUCACGGAUCGUAUGAAAAAGGCGGAUGAAAGCGACGAGAUCAUUAGCGACUGGAAAUUCGCCGCUAUGGUGGUGGACAGGCUUUGCUUGAUCGUUUUCACGUUGUUCACGGUUUUGGCCACGAUAGUGAUAUUGUGUCGUGCGCCACACAUAAUCGUCCAAUAAAUAGACUGCCCCGGUCAAGUCACCGAAAAAAUGCACAAAAAUUGCCAAAGAAACGACGAUACGUGAGUUUCGAGGAGGCUGCCACGGAAGAGCGAUCAAGUAACGAGAGAGCACGAAAAAAGCUGCUCGUUGCUUCGUGCUUCCUUUCUUCUCGCUCUCUCCCUCUCUCUCUUUCUCUCUCUCUUUCUCUCUAUCUCUCUUUCUCUCUUUCUUUCUCUUUCUCUCUGUUUCUCCCGUUUUCUUCCCCCGAAAAAAAAAGAAGAAAUACUACGUGUGAGACGUGCUUCCAGUUUCGGCGAAAGGAAGGAGGAAGAGGCGAAGAAAGAAAGGGGAGGAACAAGCAAGAGUGAAGAGGCCGGAAGAGGAGGCGGAAGAGAUCGAAGAGGUCGUCGUUCGUUCGGUUCUUGCUGACCGACCAAAAAUUUUUCAAACGCUUCGAACACACACGUUUAAAAAACGAGGAAGCGCCCCUCGCGUGUUGAAGAACCGAACCGGAAAAACCGGAAGGACUUGGCAGGAAGCGAUUGGAAAAAGGACUUGUAGAGGAGGGCAAAGAAAGCGCCUCGACACAUUAUACACUAUUGACAAUACACGGCCACGUUGUGCGUUCACUUUCUUCGGCUAAAAACCGAACUUUCUCUCCUAAGUUUAAACCUAAUCGAGCGCAAUCGCUAUCUUUCUCUCUCUAUCUAUCCAUCUACCUAUCUAUCUAUCUAUCUAUCUAUCUAUCUAGUAUCAAACUCUCCGCGGAUAAGUGAUCGACGCUCGGUGUCGUACGACGAUCUUAUAAUUUUAUUAAAUUAUGCAAGAAGAGCGCGUCCUCGUCUCUCUCGAGCGAGGAGGAGCAUCGAUUCGUUCGAGGCUACUAGGGGGAAUUCGAGAAAGCUGUGUGCUUGUGCGCGCAUUCCUCGAGAGAGUGUUGUCGCGGCCUUUCAGUAAUUCAAUAGUUAACAGACACGAACGAUAGAAGGGAGAAGAAGGACAACAAUAAUAGUAAUAACGAUAAUAACAAUAAUAAUAAUGAUAAUGGUAACGAUAAUAAUCGUAAUGACUAAUGAUAUAAAUAAUAUUAAUAGUAAAUUUAAUUAAUAAUAAUAAUAAUA